UAUAGGUUUCUUCAUUAUCACCCAUUUCUUACCAAGAACUCAUUCAUAUCCCACUUGACAAGGGUGGGUUUUCACCUUGAAGGAAGACAAUUUCACCACUAAUAUUGGUCACUUGAACAAAGCUCCUUUUGUACUAAAUAUAUAAUAUAAUAUUAUACACAAAAAUCACCAUAUAAUCUUACUAUAUUUUCAAUCCACCAUGUCUGCUCCUGAAAGCAAAACUGAUUGGUCCUAUCGAGGCCUUUGCCCCCAUCUUCACCCUCAUCCCCACCAAUCCCGUCGCGCUGCGUGUCACAAACACCGACACCCUGCAUUAGCCUCCGGUACAGUUGCCGGAUCGUCGUCCUUAACGGCCGGAAUCCAACUCAUGUGCAUGCAAUAUGGAUGCAAAUUACAUUCCCUAUGCCCACAAUAUACAAACACUAUAACAUUCUCUCUUUCAACUUCUUUGUGGAGAGAAAGAAAAUUGAGCUCUUGAUGUUUAGUGAGAGAGAGAGAGAGGUGAUGGAAGGUGGGUGGAAACCUAAUGUUGAGAUAUCACCAAAUUGUCCUAGAUGUGGUUCAUGUAACACUAAAUUUUGUUACUACAACAACUAUAGCUUGACACAACCUAGGUACUUUUGUAAAAGUUGUAGGAGGUACUGGACCAAAGGUGGGUCCCUCCGGAACGUGCCGGUUGGAGGUGGUUGUCGAAAAAGCAGACGAUGUAAGUCGAUACGGAUAUCGGGUACGGGUCCGAAAGUGGGUCCCACUACGGAUUUUGGUUACAAUGGCAACAUUUUGGGUGAAUCCUCUUCUAGCUCAUCAUCAUCUAUGGUGGCUGAUGGUUCGAUUGAUCUUGCCAGGGUUUACGCCGAUUUCUUGAAUCAAGAAAGUGUGCCCGAAACACGAUUCGAAAUGCCCAAAUUGCUUAGGGAUGUUGAUCUGUCGUUCCACUAUGCAAGUACAAAUAUGAAUACAAAUUUUAAUUUCCAAUUUCCAUUGGAAAUGGAUUUAAUUAGCAAAGGAGGUGAAAUGUAUCGGGAAACAAUUGAAGAAUUUGGGAGUGAUCGCGUGGUGAGCAAUUGUGGGUUGCCACCAUUGCCCGGUGAAGAGGUAGUAGUAGCUCCAGAGAUGGAAUGGCCGAGUUCUGACAUGAUGGUUCCGAACCAUUUUGUGCAUAUGUCACAAUUGGAUAGGAUUGAAUCAGAAGAUCAACAUUUUAAGCAAUUUAUUGGUAAUAAGAAGUCGUUGUUUGACAUGUCGAGUUAUGAAACUCUUUUUAGGCCUUGA